AUGUCUGAUAUCAGCGAUCUGGAAGCUGCCUCUUGUCAAGUCGACCUGCACGAGAGUGAGGCUGGUUUCGACGACGAAGCAGAACAUGCUGCUAUCCAGCUGGAUGAUUGGUCCCAGACUGGUCGAGGCUCACAUGUGGAAUUCCAGAGCGACGAGAUUAUACCUCUAGUGCAAGGCGAGUUACGACCGUUUCCGCCCAGCCGUUUUCUUGGCAGAGGUGCCGUGGGAGACGUUCAUGAGGUCGAGGUCCAAGGCCGCAAAUUCGCACACAAGCGGAUGGUAGUGAGGCGUAAGCUUGGUGGUCAAGAGAGAAAGGAGAUCGAGAUCCUAAAGCACCUGCCUCCACACCCCCAUAUCGUCCAGUUGGUCGGAUGUCUGGUCUCUGCCGUCGCAUACCUUCAUGAUCGAAAGAUACGACAUAAGGAUAUCAAACAGUCCAACAUCCUUCUCACACACGAUCGACUGUGGUUGAGCGAUUUCGGAAGCGCUACGGAUUUCUCCCUUCUCUCUCAAAGCGCCACUGACAACGAGCGGGGAUCACCGCGCUACUUCAGCCCUGAAGUGAAUGCGUGGCAAGCCAAUGGCCGAGCGGCAGACAUCUUUUCUCUGGGUUGUGUGGUGCUAGAAAUGCUUGUUAUACACACCCAAGGUACGUUGCGAUACAUGCAAGCGAAUCGAUCGCCGAACCCUGCGUUUCACGCAAAUCUUGACAAGGUCGACGCAUGGCUAGAGGAUCCGCAUUCUCAAGGUCGGCCUAGUCGACGCGCCCAUCUGGAGCAAGAGAUCAAGUCUAUGCUCGGAUACUACCCAGAGACGCGACCAACGGCCAAUCGACUCCUUAUCGAGCUAGCGACGUACGAACUGUCCAAAAUGUCACAGUUUUCUGUAUUUGGACACUGUUGUAAAGGGAAGAUUAUGUCGAAAAUGCGACGAUCAAAGUCCGACUCGACGCCAUCUAAAUGGCUUAACACAGACGUUCUACUUGCGACGCAGGACUUUAGGGAACAUCCAUUAGAAGUAAGGUCAUCCUCUUACCAACAAGGUCCGCCCCAAAUAUCGCACAAUUGGCAUCGGUCCUCACAAACAACCACUAAUCCACACGUGAGCAAUCCACCACAACCGGAUGAAAUACUCCAGGGCAUCGCAAGGCAUCAGCGCAACUCGCAUGUUGCUUUACAAACAAGAAACAACAGCUCUACUACGGAUAGGGUCAGACUUAUCUGUAGAUGGGGUGUUGGACGGCUUAACGCCUGGCUCGAGUUAGACUCUCAUCCUAGGAAGUUCAUUGCAAACAUCGAGAAGGAGUUCACUAGAAGGAAAAUGAUUUUCCUUCCAGCCGCCACAACGCUUUUGUUAAAGCCACAUGAGGAUACACUAGACGAGGACGCCUUCUACAUGCGACUCGAAGAGGACGAUCUGGAAGCUGACUGGGAUGAAACUAUUGAAUGGGUGAAUUCAAACAUACAAGGCGAUCAGGGUAUCAUGUUUGGUGUCUUCGAGAUCGAGGACGAAUGA